CUCCUGUGAGGCCCAGGGACAAUAUUUCUUAUUAUCCAUCUGUCAGGACAAUCCUGCCCACUGUCAUCACAUAGCUCUAUAUAAGCCAGCGAAAGGGCCUGAUGAUAAGACGUUGGUCUCAAGACAAGCCCGGCCAUGCGGUGUAAAGUCCUCGUCUAUGUCGUCCUCCUGACUCUCAUAAAGCAUGUGUCUCCAAGUGAAAUUCAGGCCAGCCCAAAUACAAAUGCAACCCUCCCCUGCAAUGUGACGCUCCCCGAUUCUGUAAAAGGGGACAAAAUGGACCAGUCUCUCCUCAACGUCAGCUGGAUAAGUCACGGCUCUGACAUCGCCUCAUUCGGAAAAGCAGCAACACAAAUAAAGGAAGGCUUCAGCUGGGACACCAGUCAAUUUGUCAGUGGGGACUUUUCACUGACCAUCCUCAGCGCUAGUCUCGACCUGCAGGGGUUGUACGAGUGCACAGUCAGCUACAACUCCACAAUGGUGUACUCCAGUAACGUUACAUUUGGUAUCCUUGCUUCCCCUACUCUCUCAAUCCCCGAGCAGUGGGUGGUGUUGGAGACAGAGAGCCAGCUUAAUUGCCGUGCAGAUGGUUUCUACCCUCCUCCUGUCUCUUUCUCCUGGACCAGAGAUGGGCGAGUGAUUCAAUCUCCCUACCAGAUUGAAGGUGAACAGACUCCAGAUGGUUACUACAUGGCUGUGGGCAACCUCACCUUCUACCCUUCUCGUGAGGACCAGAAUGUGACCUUUGGCUGUAAAGUGUCACACAGUGGUAGCUAUCAAGAGCUGGAUUUCCAACUCAACAUCACCUAUCUCCCCUCUGUUAGACUUUCUGCCGUGCCAUCACACCCAGGCAACAUUCCUCUCACGCUUUACUGUGACCUGGAGAGUUUCUACCCAGAGGAAGUGUCUGUGUCCUGGGUUCAAAAUGGCACAACCCUCCCUGAGCCCCCCGCCACUGACCAAAACCCAGACGGGACCUACAGAACCAGACGUUAUUAUACUUUAAGCCCCGAGCAGAGGGAGCAAGGUGGGAAAGUGGAGUGUGCAGUAAGCCAACCUGGGGUAGUGCACCCAGUCAGCGGCUCAGCCUUCCUGGAGACACUGGAUCCUCAAGAUGAGGAUCCAGUGUUGACUAAAUCAGCCAAAGCAUCUGUGGCUAUGAUGUGUAUUUCUAUAGUGCUGGUCUUCCUGCUGUGCUUCGGCUUUUCGUGGAGGAGAAGGGAUGAGAAGCAGAAGUCUCUCAGUGUGUCGGGGAUCAUCCUCCCUCCACGCGUGAUUGUAGGUCAAAAGGGCAGGGUGACAGUGAGCAUUGAAGGGAGGAGGGUGGACCGAGUCCAGACUGCAUGGUUCCUCAAUGACAGGCCUAUCUCUGACACCUCAUUCACAGGGACCUCCAAAGCUAACUUUAACUGCCUCUAUAACCCUCUAACCACCAUCCAUUUGCCCUACGGUCUAACUCUCACUUCCCCAGUAUCAGAGAAGGGUCCUCUGCUGCGCUCCAGAGGCGAGAUGGGUUACUACAGGCUGCACACUCAAGGGCCACUGCACUCAUCUGGAAGUGGCACUCAACAGCUGAUCUCCGCGCUCACCUUUAUCCCUCAGAUUUCAAUCCACAAGGCAGCAGUGUUUAAGUGUCAGGUGUCCUACAUAGGCAAGGACAAGAUCGUGGUGGAGAGGGUGUCAGAGAAGUUUACUAUUCUGUCUGCUCCUGAAGUAUCAGAGAUCCAGCUGGCAGAGACACCAAAUGACUCGGAUGUCAUCAGCAUGACAGUAUGGGCAACACAUUUCCAUCCAGAUGUCAUUACCUUCCGCUGGUUCUGUCAGGGGGGUGAGCUGAGCCCUGUGGCCUCCCAGGCCUCAUCCUCCCCUCGUCCCAAUUCAGAGGGCUUCUUUUCAGCCUACAGCCAGUGUAAAUUGCCACGGAGUGAACUGGAAAAGGGAGGCACAAAAGUGUGGGUCAGUGUCCACCACAUCGCCCUGAAACAGCCAGUCACCCGUGAAACCAAAGGCUUCAUGAAGAGUCCAUGUGUGUCCGAAAUCGUCGGCUCCACUUCUUCCCCUGAUCAGACUUUGACCUUGGGAUGUGAAAUCACAGAUUUCUACCCUCCGAACAUAUCAGUCACUUGGCUGAAGCUCAGAGAGGGAGAGCAAGACGACAGAGAGGAGGAGGUGUUCAAGGGAGGAGAGAUGUGGGGCCCCGUACAGACUCAUCCCAGAAUCUACAGGGCCACAGCCACUCUGAAGAGAAGGACAACGAUUCAGGAGAAGGAGAGAAGAGGAGGGAUUAUUUGUAGAGUGGAGCACUGUUCCCUACACGAGCCUAUUGAGAGACACUGGAGAAAUGUUGACAUUGUUGCUCCCUCCAUUCCUUCAUCGAUCUCAGUCUGUUGGAGCAGUGAAGGGGUUGGUGUGUUCUCUCUCCUGUUGAAGGGAGGUCACCCAAAGGUCAAAUUACUCUGGGCAGCAGGAGGACCCACUCUCUCACCGCUGGUGUCCAGUGAAACAGAGGAGAUAGGAGAUGACGGGCAGAGGGAGCUGAAAAGCGUGUGCGCCCUGGAGAGGUCUACAAGCCUGCCAAGUCACACAAACAAACAGCCAGAGAGACAGAAGAACGGACAUGCAAUAAAAACAAAAGCUGCUGUUACAGACCCCGACACUGAAGGAAUAGAAUACAUCGAUGAAAAAGUGGAUGGAGAGAAUAACAACAUUGACAGGGAUGAGGAGACAAUGUCGGAGGUGGACGAGGACAGUGACAAAGAGAGAGAGGAAGAGCCAGGCGCAUUGCACAUCAACAAAGUCAACCUGAGUAAGGGUCCCAGAGAAAAUGAGGGGGCACGUUUGAGAGUCUGUGUGGAGGUCACACACCCUGCACUCAAGCUUCCUGUUUAUCGAACCUGGACAGAGCCCAAUGAGGAAAUUUCAUCUUCUGCGUGAAAGACCUGAAGAGUGCCUCUCUAUUUCAUAUAUCCCAUAUAAUAUAUCUAAUAUACUGUAUGUCUCUAUAGUAAAUAUAAUGUUUUAGUCAUGUUAGAAUGUCCAACUAUCUUUCAUGUGGUUUUGCUUCAUUUUUGGUCUUUAUUUAUU